CAACUACUGUCCUGUCGUAGUUCAUUUGUCUUUCCAACAGGGAAGUUAAAAUAGCACAAGUAGGGUUAUUUUCCAUGUUCAACGGGCAUUGAAAUUGCAAUGCAUUGGUGACUCUUAGGGUUGUCGGCGUUGAGGAAAUCUCGCCUUUUGUGUUGCAAUCCUAGCUAAACAUGAACGCUAAUGUUAGCACGGGCUCUUUGACUAUUAGCCACAUCAAUGCUAAUUUGAGCCUCGUGUGUAGUCUUGUAAAACAGCUACACUUGACCAGGCAGUGGUAAUCAGCAAAGUUAAUCCUCAACUUCCUAACGUUCAUCAUACCAGUCGUAAAGUUGCUUUAGAACGGAAUUCCCGAGUUUAGCUGAGGAUGGCAGAUUUAACCACGCUUGAAAGCCUUUUGGAGAUGGGCUUCGACCGGAACAGAGCGGAAAGGGCCGUGGCCAGCACCGGGAACCAGGGGAUCGAACAAGCCAUGGACUGGUUAAUGGAGCAUGAGAAUGACCCAGACAUUGAUGAGCCGUAUAAGCCUCCUGUUCUGGCAGAAACGGACGAUGACCAGGCCGGCACGCAAGCGUCUACGCCGGGAGACACAGCUGGAGUUGCAAGCAAAGAAGUCAGCCAGCAUGGAGAUGCCGAGAAAAAGCCCAUGACAGAAGAGGAGAAACAACAGCAAGUCAAAAGGCUAGAGGAGCUGAUGCGGCUGAAGCAGGCAGAGAGGAGAGAGCGGGAGCGUGCAGAGGAGCUGGAGAAGGAAAAACAGAGGAGGAAGCAGGGCCAGGAGCUGCAGCAGAUUCGCAGUAAGCUGCAAGAUGACGACAUGAAGAAGCUGGCUGAGCUGCGAAAGAGAGAGAAGAUGGAGGAUAAGUUGGCCAGGCAACGGGUUAAAGAAAAGAUUGCACGAGACAGGGAGGAGAGAGCAAAAAAGUUCGGAGGCGGAGGAACUUCGAGCACAAGUACUACUCCAGUCCAGCCUGGUCCGCUGUCACCCACCAGUCAGGGACCGCCCCCCACUAAGAAAGAGUACGACGAGUCCAGGAUACAGGUGCGUCUACUUGAUGGCUCCACUCUCACGGCUGUGUUCAAGGCCCAGGAGCCUCUGGCCGCAGUACGCGUCUACGUGCAGGUGAACGGCAACACGCCAGAGGGUCAGGACUUUACAUUGCUGUCUCCUUACCCCCGUCACGUCUACACCGAUCUGGAUAUGGAAAAGCCUCUCAAAGAGCUAGGGUUGGUGCCUUCAGCUGUGCUGGUUGUUACCAAAAAUGAUGAAAAUCAGGAGGCAGGAUGGAGAGGAAACGAUACCGGGAGAUCAUUUGCAAGAACGUCCUCUGUUCACCGACUUGAAGGGGAAUUGCUGUUAUAGUCUUUUUUUUGAAGUCCUUGUCUACCACUCAGUUCUUUUUCAAAACUUUUAGCUGGGUGGAUAGUAUCCCUGGUUGUAGUUCCAGGUGUUUUGGUAGCCGUAACUGCUGUAAUGCGGUUGCUGACAGAAGGAAAGGCAAAUUACUACAUAACAACAAAAAUCAGUGUAAAUCCAAAGGACAGAUUUAUUCAUACCUGAUACCAGCUGCUGUAGCCACUUGAUUGGGCGCUUGUGUCCAUGUUCAUCUCCGGAGGAGGAGGCGGCACAGUGAUUGGGACCUUAGGAUCGGUGGCCGGAACUUCUGCUGAAGCGACAUCUGAUGAUCCGUGAUCGCCCUUUUUCGGCUUCUUUGAAUCUUUGUCCCUGUAAUUAGAGGAAGUGUGAACUUGAAACAAAUAACUGGUUUAAGGUUCAUCCUAAAAUUUCACAAAAAAGCAUAAAAUCUAACAUUUUAUGUAUUUUUCCUUAUCCUCAUUCUCAGAAUAGUAUGUGUUUCUUUUAGGGCUGUCAAUUUUACCGCGUUGACGGGCGGUAAUUAUUUUUUUUAAUUAAUCACGUUAAAAUAUUUGACGGAAUUAAUGGAAUGACCCGUUCAUGCGUUGCCUCAAACAGUUUACAAUGAGGCUGUCUCAGCACAUUGAGAACGAAAAGGCAGAGAAAUGUGAGUGGAUACAGGCAUUCAUUGGACCGCGCCUUUUAUUGGCUUAAGCAGCCACUACUAACAGUCAUGGUUGCCCAAUUUCCUAUCAUGCAUUUCGGAGGACCAAGAGACGAUCUUUUUCUUAACACGCUCAAUUGAGCACAAGGCAGAACAUAUUGUACACCAUUUGCAGCUAUCGAAUAUUUUAGUAAUCGAGUAAUCGACUGAAAAUUCUAUCGAGUAAUCGGAUAAAACAAAUAUAUUUUUAGGUGAACAGCAAUUAUAAAUAUAUAUGAGAAAACAAGACACUUCAUCUAAUCUUGAACCAUUUUCAGUCAAUGUCUUUAUUUUCGAUGUAUAUUGUUGAAAACAGCCAACAAUUGCAUCUCAGAUGUAACUAGAAUUUUAAAAAUUUUUAAAAAGUAAUUCAAUGCUUUCACUGAAAAAACUUUUAGAUCUUAUUAAAAAAAAAAAAAAUAUAUAUAUAUAUACGUAUAUAUAUCUUACCUAAAAAUGCCGUUACGCUUGAUAACACACAUCACUUAAAAGUUAGGAUUUUUUCCCACGUGUUUCAAUUGAAUUUCUAUUUGUGUCAAGCCAUUUUUAAGUUAGUCUAAACUGUAAGUCCUGAUAGGAUUUUGAGUUUUUGCAGUGUUCAAAAUAAAUGUAUGAUACAGGCUGUAUUGGAGCACAUUAGGGACCAGUGCUACUUGGUGUUUUAUCCAGCAAUGACUACUGAGCUAAAAUUGGUAGUUAGCAUUAUUAAGUUUUUAUUUUACACCCUCAUCACUCCACAAUGAUAUGUUAUGUUAAAGCCUGUAUGUAAGACACGUUAGCCACACAUCAACAGUGGUCAUAAUUAAUAGAAACAUAGCCCUCCGCAGGGCUAACGUUACGUGAGCUAGUAGUGACAGUAACGUUAAUCUUAUUUAUUAGCGCUUAGCGCACUUUAUUAGCGCUUAGCGCUCUACUGCUUUAAGAUGGCGGCUGUUUACUAACGCUGACCAGACGUCUGUCAUUAUGCAUCGAGUUCAACAAACAUGUGAUCUCUAUGAGACGCAUCAGACGCUACCUGCUACAAACGUAGCAUCGUGCAGGCUAGUAUUUAGCAACGUCGGCGUCGUUUGUAGCGGCUGUCGGCUGCAGUAAGUUUUUUUUUUUUUUCCUUCUUCCUCUCCGCACGUGACAUCAGCGCGUUGUCCCGCAUUAAAAGUAGUCUGAGCAAAACGUGAUGCUUAGAGCUGUCAAAAUAAACGAUUACU